GGGAUGUGGGUCGGGAUGGAGUUUGGGGCGUUCCCGACUUUUGUCCCCGCUUUACAGAUCCGUCGACGCCGACCGACGCCGGCCAGCCUGGUGCUGAGCAGCGACCAAUCGUCCCCAGAGAUCGAUGAGGACCGACUCCCCAACGCCCUGCUGAAGUCGGGUCUGGCCAUGUCCCCCCGGCAGAGGAAGAAGGUGUACUGCACCACCCCCACCGUGAAAGAGCUGCAGAUGAUGGUGGAGCACCACCUGUGCAAGCAGGCGCGGGGCGAGGAGGACGAGGAGGUGGCUGCUGGAGCCCAGGAGCACAGCCCAGGCUGCUGCCACCACGGUGACGCCGAGCACAGCCACAGCCCUGGGGGCAGCUGCCCGCUGGCCCAGGCUCAGCCAACACAGCAGGGUGGCCCAGGCCCCGGUGACAGGACCCACGGGGAUGAGCGGCGAAGUCCGGGUGAUGAGGGCACUCAUAUAGCACCGGGGGGAAAGGGUGCUGCUGGCGGCCUGUAGGUGCUGCUGUCCCCAUUGGAGCCGAAGCGCCGCGUGCUUUUUUUCUAUCAAUCAUUUUCUAAGAUUCCGACGGCGUUCGCGACGGAUUUUUUUUAUCUCCCACCCCCUCCCCACCCCCCCCCCUUUCCCACCCCUCUCCGCAAUGGGGACAAAACCCCCUCUGUGUCCCCACUGCCACCACCGGGGUGACCCCAGGACCCCCCCGGUCUCCCCUCGCUCCAUUCUGGGGGCACAGCUCCUUGUUGGGGGGGGGGGGAGGAUGACGGCACACCGGUGCUGCACUGCGCACACAGCUGUGCACGUGGCUUUGCGCACAGGCAUUUGCACACCCACCCUCCUGUGCACACACACACACACACGCACGUGCAACGCAUCCGCGCACUUUACACACGUGCUCUGCAUGCGCGCCGCCGCCGUGGGCACGGAUGGACACACGUGAACACACGUGAACACACGUGCACACGCGAGUGCACGCAGAGCUGAGCGCACCCACACCAUUAAACGGAUCCUUUCCGCA